AUUUUGAUAACUUAAUGACGAAAGUAUUAAGCUUGUUUUUGGUUUGGUACCUUACUAACCUAACCUUUAUGACUGUGCUGCACGUUAAAUAUUAUCCAAAAUGCAUUUUUACAGCACAAUGAGUAUUUUAUUUAUCAUCCUAUUCCAAAUGAAAGGCAUUUAUUCGACGCAAGAGGUUUGUUCGGAAAACGACAUCACAAUACAUUUAAACGAGUGGGUUUCUGCCAUAUUUACAAAAGGCCACAAAAGAGGAACCAAAAUAAUCUACGCGAUAUACGACUGUAGACUGAAACAAUUCGAAUACAAUAUCAGUAAUCAAGAAACCGACUUGAAUAAAAAAAUAUUCUUCCAAGAGAUUACUUUUGGAGCAAAUCCACUCAUCGAAUAUACCAACAAGAAAGCUCAACAAAUUCACUGGAAAUUUGCUGAAAAUAAAAUCAUCGUAUCUUUCGAAGAACUCUACUUCCGAGUCGAAAUUCGUGCAAGAAGCAGAGCAGAAAACGGCGAUAAAUUUGAAGACGUUGCUACAUACCCUAAGUUCAAAAAUUUCACACUAACUGUUGUGAAAUCACACACAAAAGAAGAUCAAAUCACGUACGAUUUCACCCACAGUGGCAUCGACGAUUGGGAAGACACCUUCUGGCACACCGUAGGAAAUCUUACUCUAGAAGAAAAAGACCAAAUAAACCGAUUAAUAAAACCAACAUUACCGACGAUUUUACGAGAAAAUUUGAAUACCAAUACAAAAUUAAUUUACGAACUCGACGAUCUUUUCCAAUCGUACGACAAUCCCAGAAAAAAAUUAAGUUCAACACAUACGGAUUUUUCGAACAAUCCGCAAAAGUAUUACUACCUUAUAGCUGAAAUCCCUUUUUUCAAUUUCGUUCUGAAACAUGUCGUUAUUUAUGGGCUAUGGAAUUUUGAAUCGUAUAAAGUCCACGCGACCCAUGGAAUUUUCACACACACAAUGCUCGUGAGAAAUAUUGAAGGAACGAUGACUUUGGAUUACGGAUCUGAAAAGGAACCUCCUCUAGAAUUGAAUUUCCAUAUAAAUUGCUUCAUAUUAUCCAAACAAGAUGACACUGAGUGUGUUUAUGGUCAGGCAAAAUAUUACACCGUUACUCGAACAAGAACAAACGUCUUGUUGAGUAGUCUUCAGUCAGAGGUGGUUAUCAAUCAACUGGAAUCGGCCCUCGCUUCUGCAUUAUUAUCAUCGAAAAAAGUUGGAAAAAUCUGUGAUGUAGAAAUGCCACUGGAAAAACUGAAAAUCUCAAAUACUUCAGAUUGGAAAUCGAUAAAAGAAUUUUACAACGGAUGGAUCCCAUUUAAUGACGACGAAGUCAUCAAAAAAUAAAUAAAUUUCUAUUUAAA